CGUGCGCGGGCUGCGGGCGAGCCGGGCGCUGCGCAGUCUCCGCAGGCGCCGGCGGGAGGGGUCGCGGAGGAGGCGCGGCGCGGCGCAGGCUGCUGCAGGCCCAGGUGAAUGGAGUAACCUGACAGCGGGGACGAGGCGACGGCGAGCGGGAGGAAAUGGCGGCGGCGGCGGCGGCGCCGGGCGGCACCGGGAGGCCUGGGCUGUGACGCGCGCGCCGGAGCGGGCUCCGAUGGUUCUCGAAGGCCCGCGGCGCCCCGUGCUGCAGGAGGUGACUGUCUGGAAGCCUCGUGUUCGUGGAAUCAUGCAGUGUUUGCCUUUUUGUGGCCGGCUUGUUUCACUCAGCGCGGUGUCGUCAGAAUUUCCUCUCUCAGCUGAGUGAUUCCAUCGUCCGUAUCGAUGGCCCCAGGUCAGGAUUUCUCAGCGGGACCGCAGUGCGAAAGCAGCACACAGUCUGGAGAACCUCAGCUGUGCUAGAACAAAAAUGCAAUGAAAGAAACACUGGAUGAAUGAAAAGCCCUGCUUUGCAACCCCUCAGCAUGGCAGGCCUGCAGCUCAUGACCCCUGCUUCCUCACCAAUGGGUCCUUUCUUUGGACUACCAUGGCAACAAGAAGCAAUUCAUGAUAACAUUUAUACGCCAAGAAAAUAUCAGGUUGAACUGCUCGAAGCAGCUCUGGAUCGUAACACCAUCGUGUGUUUAAACACUGGCUCAGGGAAGACGUUCAUUGCAGUGCUACUCACUAAAGAGUUGUCCUAUCAGAUCAGGGGGGACUUCCACAGAGAUGGAAAGAGGACGGUGUUCUUGGUCAACUCUGCAAACCAGGUUGCUCAGCAAGUGUCAGCCGUCAGAACUCAUUCAGAUCUCAAGGUCGGGGAGUACUCAGACCCAGAAGUGAACGCGUCCUGGACAAAAGAGAGAUGGAACCAAGAGUUUGCUAAGCACCAGGUUCUUAUUAUGACUUGCUAUGUCGCCUUGAGUGUUCUGAAGAAUGGUUACUUAUCGCUGUCAGACAUUAACCUUUUGGUGUUUGAUGAGUGUCAUCUUGCAAUCCUAGACCACCCCUAUCGAGAAAUUAUGAAGCUCUGUGAAAAUUGUCCAUCAUGCCCUCGCAUUCUGGGACUAACUGCUUCCAUUUUAAAUGGGAAAUGUGAUCCAGAGGAGUUGGAGGAAAAGAUUCAGAAGCUGGAGAAGAUUCUUCAGAGUAAUGCUGAAACUGCAACUGACCUGGUGGUCUUAGACAGAUCCACUUCUCAGCCGUGUGAGAUCGUGGUAGACUGUGGACCAUUCACUGACAGAAGCGGCCUCUAUGAACGACUGCUGGUGGAGUUAGAAGAAGCACUUAACUUUAUCAAUGACUGUAAUAUAUCUGUACAUUCGAAAGAGAGAGAUUCUACUUUAAUUUCUAAACAGAUCCUAUCAGACUGUCGGGCGGUGCUGGUAGUUCUGGGACCUUGGUGUGCAGAUAAAGUCGCUGGCAUGAUGGUAAGGGAAUUACAGAAAUACAUCAAACACGAGCAAGAGGAGCUGCACAGGAAGUUCUUACUGUUUACAGACACUUUCCUGAGGAAGAUACACGCACUCUGCGAAGAGCACUUCUCACCUGCCUCACUGGACCUGAAGUUUGUAACCCCGAAAGUAGUGAAACUGCUGGAAAUCUUGCGCAAAUAUAAACCAUAUGAGCGGCAGCAGUUUGAGAGCGUGGAGUGGUAUAAUAAUAGGAAUCAGGACAAUUAUGUGUCUUGGAGUGAUUCCGAAGAUGAUGAUGAAGAUGAAGAAAUUGAGGAGAAAGAGAAGCCAGAGACAAAUUUUCCUUCUCCAUUUACCAAUAUUUUAUGUGGAAUUAUUUUUGUGGAAAGAAGAUACACAGCAGUUGUCUUAAACAGAUUGAUAAAGGAAGCAGGCAAACAGGACCCAGAGCUGGCUUAUAUCAGCAGCAACUUUAUAACUGGACAUGGCAUUGGAAAGAAUCAGCCUCGGAACAAACAGAUGGAAGCGGAAUUCAGAAAACAGGAAGAGGUACUUCGAAAAUUUCGAGCGCAUGAGACCAACCUGCUCAUUGCAACGAGUAUUGUAGAAGAGGGUGUUGAUAUACCAAAAUGCAACUUGGUGGUUCGAUUUGAUUUGCCUACAGAGUAUCGAUCCUAUGUUCAAUCUAAAGGAAGGGCAAGGGCGCCAAUCUCUAAUUAUAUAAUGUUAGCAGAUACAGACAAAAUAAAAAGUUUUGAAGAAGAUCUUAAAACUUACAAAGCUAUUGAAAAGAUCCUGAGAAACAAGUGCUCCACGUCGGUCGACACUGGGGAGACUGACGUGGAUCCUGUCGUGGACGACGACGACGUUUUCCCUCCGUAUGUGCUGAGGCCUGAUGACGGCGGCCCGCGGGUCACCAUCAACACGGCCAUCGGGCACAUCAACAGAUACUGUGCCAGAUUACCAAGUGAUCCGUUCACUCACCUGGCCCCUAAAUGCAGGACCCGAGAGUUGCCGGAUGGUACCUUUUAUUCCACUCUGUAUCUGCCAAUUAACUCACCUCUGCGAGCCUCCAUUGUUGGUCCACCAAUGAGUUGUGUACGGUUGGCUGAAAGAGUUGUAGCUCUCAUUUGCUGUGAAAAACUGCACAAAAUUGGUGAACUGGAUGAACAUUUGAUGCCAGUUGGGAAAGAGACUGUUAAGUAUGAGGAGGAGCUUGAUUUACACGAUGAAGAAGAAACCAGUGUUCCAGGAAGACCAGGUUCCACCAAGCGGAGGCAGUGCUACCCGAAAGCAAUUCCAGAAUGUUUGAGGGAUAGUUAUCCCAAACCCGAUCAGCCCUGCUACCUAUAUGUGAUAGGAAUGGUUUUAACUACCCCUUUACCUGAUGAGCUGAACUUCAGACGGCGCAAGCUCUAUCCCCCUGAAGAUACCACAAGAUGCUUUGGGAUACUGACAGCCAAACCCAUACCUCAGAUUCCACACUUCCCCGUGUACACGCGCUCUGGAGAAGUCACCAUAUCCAUCGAGCUGAAGAAGUCUGGCUUCACGUUGUCUCUGCAAAUGCUUGAGUUGAUCACACGGCUGCACCAGUAUAUUUUCUCACAUAUCCUUCGGCUUGAGAAACCCGCGCUAGAAUUCAAGCCUACAGACGCCGAUUCAGCCUACUGUGUCCUACCUCUGAAUGUCGUUAAUGACUCCCGCACUUUGGAUAUUGACUUUAAAUUCAUGGAAGAUAUUGAGAAAUCUGAAGCUCGCAUAGGCAUUCCCAGUACAAAGUAUUCAAAAGAAGCACCCUUUGUUUUUAAAUUAGAAGAUUACCAAGAUGCAGUUAUCAUUCCAAGAUACCGCAACUUUGAUCAACCUCAUCGAUUUUAUGUAGCUGAUGUGUACACUGACCUUACCCCUCUCAGUAAAUUUCCUUCCCCUGAGUAUGAAACUUUUGCAGAAUAUUACAAAACAAAGUACAACCUUGACCUGACCAAUCUCAACCAGCCCCUGCUGGAUGUGGACCACACAUCUUCACGACUCAAUCUUUUGACGCCUCGACAUUUGAACCAGAAGGGGAAAGCUCUUCCUCUGAGCAGCGCUGAGAAGAGGAAAGCCAAGUGGGAGAGUCUGCAGAACAAGCAGAUCCUGGUCCCGGAGCUCUGUGCUAUCCACCCCAUCCCUGCAUCGCUGUGGAGAAAAGCAGUUUGUCUCCCCAGCAUUCUCUAUCGCCUUCACUGCCUUUUGACUGCAGAGGAGCUCCGAGCGCAGACAGCCAGUGAUGCUGGCGUGGGGGUCCGAGCGCUUCCUGCGGACUUCAGAUACCCUAACUUGGACUUCGGGUGGAAAAAAUCUAUCGACAGCAAAUCCUUCAUCUCAGUCUCUGGCCCCUCCUCAGCGGGCGGUGAGCUUCACUGUAAGCACAGCACAGUGGCAGGCCCUGAAAAUGCUGCGCAGCAAGGUGCUACCCGAACCUCUUCUCCAGCAAACCACGACCAGGUGUCUGUGGGCUGCAGAACGCCACUCGCGGGGGCCCCGGGCAGGCCCCAGAGGGAGGGCCCGGCCGGCCCGGCGGCAGCCAAUGGUCUCUCCCACAGUCGGAGUCUUGCCAACGGCAGUUACGAGUUCGCUGACAGAGACUUUUGCCAAGGACAUCAGCUGAAUUACUACAAGCAGGAAAUACCUGUACAACCAACUACCUCAUAUCCCAUUCAGAAUUUACAGAGUCAUGAGAACCAGCCCAAGCCCAGCGAUGAAUGUACCCUACUGAGUCGUAAAUACCUUGACGGAAAUGCUAACAGAUCUACCUCAGCUGGAAGUCCCACAGCGGCCGCCACGCCCGGUACGACGGACACGGUCAGGGCCCUCCAGGGCAGCACGGAUUCCGAGCAGAGCCCUUCUGUCGGCUACUCCUCAAAAACUCUCGGCCCCAACCCUGGACUGAUUCUCCAGGCUUUGACUCUGUCCAAUGCUAGUGAUGGGUUUAACCUGGAGCGGCUCGAGAUGCUCGGGGACUCCUUUCUGAAGCACGCCAUCACCACCUAUCUCUUUUGCACUUACCCCGAUGCUCACGAGGGCCGCCUUUCCUAUAUGAGAAGCAAAAAGGUCAGCAACUGUAACCUGUACCGCCUCGGGAAGAAGCAGGGGCUGCCCAGCCGCAUGGUGGUGUCCAUCUUUGACCCCCCCGUGAACUGGCUUCCUCCCGGCUACGUGGUAAAUCAAGACAAAAGUAACACAGAUAAAUGGGACAAAGAUGAAAUGACAAAAGACUGCGUGUUGGCUAAUGGCAAACUGGACGAGGACUGCGAGGAGGAGGAGGAGGAGGAGGAGGAGGAAGAGGAGGAGGAGAACUUGGUGUGGAGGGCUCCGAAGGAGGACGCGGAUUACGAGGACGAUUUCCUGGAGUACGAUCAGGAGCACAUCAAGUUUAUAGAUAACAUGCUGAUGGGAUCAGGAGCUUUUGUGAAGAAAAUUUCUCUUUCUCCUUUUUCCACCGCUGACUCUGCGUACGAAUGGAAAAUGCCCAGGAAGCCCUCCUCAGGCAGCAGGCCGUUCUCCUCGGACUUCGAGGAUUUUGACUACAGCUCUUGGGAUGCCAUGUGCUACCUGGAUCCUAGCAAAGCUGUCGAAGAGGACGACUUUGUGGUGGGCUUCUGGAAUCCGUCGGAAGAAAACUGUGGUGCUGACACGGGGAAGCAGUCCAUUUCCUACGACUUGCACACCGAGCAGUGCAUCGCCGACAAAAGCAUCGCGGACUGCGUGGAAGCCCUGCUGGGCUGCUACUUAACCAGCUGUGGCGAGAGGGCGGCUCAGCUCUUCCUGUGCUCGCUGGGGCUGAAGGUGCUCCCGGUCAUUAAAAGGGCCGACCGGGAGAAGGCCACGGGCCCCGCUCGGGAGAACCUCAACAGCCAACACAGGCAGCUGCCCGGGAGCGGCGCCACAGCCGCAGGAGCCAGCUCCCGGGGCCCCUCGGCGUCGAGAGACCUGGAGUACGGCUGUCUGAAGAUCCCGCCGAGAUGCAUGUUUGACCAUCCAGAUGCAGAUAAAACGCUGACUCACCUUAUAUCGGGUUUCGAGAAUUUCGAAAAGAAAAUCAACUACAGAUUCCAGAAUAAGGCUUACCUGCUGCAGGCUUUUACACACGCCUCCUACCACUACAACACCAUCACUGAUUGUUACCAGCGCUUGGAGUUCCUGGGUGACGCGAUUCUGGACUACCUCAUAACCAAGCACCUUUACGAGGACCCGCGGCAGCACUCCCCGGGGGUCCUCACCGACCUGCGCUCCGCGCUGGUCAACAACACCAUCUUCGCGUCGCUGGCCGUAAAGUACGACUACCACAAGUACUUCAAAGCGGUGUCCCCCGAGCUCUUCCACGUCAUCGAUGACUUCGUGCAGUUCCAGCUGGAGAAGAAUGAGAUGCAGGGCAUGGAUUCGGAGCUUAGGAGAUCUGAGGAGGAUGAAGAGAAAGAGGAGGACAUUGAAGUCCCGAAGGCCAUGGGGGAUAUAUUUGAGUCGCUGGCCGGGGCCAUUUACAUGGACAGUGGGAUGUCGCUGGAGGUGGUGUGGCAGGUGUACUACCCGAUGAUGCGGCCUCUCAUAGAAAAGUUUUCUGCAAAUGUGCCCCGUUCGCCUGUGCGAGAAUUGCUUGAAAUGGAACCGGAAACUGCCAAAUUUAGCCCGGCUGAGAGAACGUACGACGGGAAGGUCAGAGUGACCGUGGAAGUGGUGGGAAAAGGGAAGUUUAAAGGCGUGGGCCGCAGCUACAGGAUCGCCAAGUCGGCCGCCGCGAGACGCGCCCUGCGAAGCCUCAAGGCCAAUCAACCUCAGGUUCCCAACAGUGAAGCCCGUUUUUAAAAUUCGAAACAAAAAAAAAAUUUUUUAAAAAUGGAGGGGGGAAAUAUUUAAAUAGGGCGGUAUUAAGUUGCUAUCGAGUGGAAUGAACUGAAGGCAGAAUUCACAGUGUGUUUGAUAACAGAUAGAUAACAGAAUAAAACAUUUAACAAAUGUAUAAAAACUUUGGAACUAAUUGUAGUUUUAGUUUUUUGCGCAAACACAAUCUUUUUUCCUCACUUCUGCUUUGUUUAAAUCACAAGAGUGCUUUAAAGAUGACAUUUAGCAAGUGUUCGAGAUGAUUCCCGACUGUGUAUCGUUUGUCUGUUCCUUGAGUUUAGUUCCUGUCGGCUUUGUGCAGCGCUCGAAGGCCCUGUUGCUCACUGCUGUGGCGUCCUCCAGGAGUGCCAGUCCCGCGUGGCUGCUGAGCCCCAAAGCACGGCGCGGUUUGGAGGGGAGCCCGUGAGCCAGGGUCGACUUCUCUGUCCACAUUGCGGUGUCGUGGGAGGCCGCCGCCGCCGGUCACUGUGGCACUCCGCGGCAGGGGACUGGGCUGGCGUGUGGUCGGUCACACCUGUGGUUUCUGACGCCCCGUAGUCUUGCAUUAAAAUAAAACAGAAAGGUUCUUGCCUUAAAAGUAAAACCUUCAUGGAUAUUAUUCUUUAAUUUCUGAUCUUUUUGGAGCAAACUCUUUUACAUUCCCUCGUCUUGUUCUGCGUUAGAUGUUGAGUCUGUGUGACGCAACUUACCCGUGUAGGUGUGACUUACUACAGGCUUAUCCUAGGAUUUCUGUCAUACGUGUACUGAAGAUAUUUUAAAAACCAGAAUAUGUAGUCUGUGGGUUUUCUUUUAACCUCACGAUAAAGAUGAUCUCUGGCUCAACACCCAGUUUUACUGCGAGUCUCGCUAGGUAGUUCCACGGAUGGAAAUGUUUAUGGCAAAUAACUUUGCCCUGCAGGCUGUCGCGCUAACAAAACACUUUAGACAUAUCACACCCAAAUAUGCUGCAGAUUUUAUAGCGGAUCGGUUAUUUGUUUAAGGAAGUGAGACAGCACCUUCCCCCGUCUUCUCACCCCGACUUCUGCCUGUGCCGCGCGGACGCUGCACGCCUCGCACCUCCCCGAGCCCGGCUGUCUGUGCCUGCAGAGCGUCGUGUCCGCGCUCGGCUGCCCCACGUUUGGUACAUCUGUGAUUUAGGUCGUUGAGUUAGGUCAGCUAGCUCAUUGCUUCCAUCUUUGGAAAGGAAAAAAACCCUGCAUUUUUAGGCAUUGGCCUAAGUUUCUUUAAUUAGGAUUGUAGGCACUCUUCACGGAAAUACCUCAGUUCUUUUCUUUUGCAUGCGUUUGCCCCGUUUGGUGCUAUGUUUAUGUAUUAUGCUUGAAAUGUUAAUUUUUUUUGCACUGUAACUAUAAUACCUCUUAAUUUACCUUUUUUAAAAGCUGUGGGUCAGUCUUGCGCUCCCGCCAACAUCCCAGUAGAGGUUUGCUGCAGUUUGCCUGUUAAUUAUGCUUGAAGUGUGAGAAAGUGGAGCGGAGCUGUCUCGCAUGAGGAUUUUCCAUCCUGGCUCUGAAGGUGAUGCUUCGUGUCCCGCCGCGUAGCGCGCUCCCGGCCCACGGAGAGGCGGGGGUGGUGCGCACAGCUCUGCUCACAAGGGGGCCCUGGGCGGGGGCCGGGGGGCUAGCUUCUCCACAGUUAUUUGUUGUCUCUGCUCUUCAACUUAAACUGAAAUGUAGAUUAUGACAUGAGUUUUGUAGCAGAUUAAUUUAGGUGGCUCAUGUUAAAAUAACUCUGAUUUGUAAUCCUAGGUGUGUAUUUGCCUUUUUGGAAAACCUUAAUAUAAGAUCCUGGCAAGCUAAAACCAAGCAGUUCUUGAGUGAUGUAGCUCUGACAGUGUACCAGUGACCUGUAAGGCUGGAUGCGAGUUUUCUGAGGGAGAUCGAGGGUAACUUCCGUCACUCCUCUCUGGACAACUUUUAAACUACCUGAUGCCCGGAGCGAGGGCUUCGCACUGUUUCUGCUGCGUUGACCCCGGCAGGACAGGACUCUCACCUCCUGGCACCCAAGUCAUAUUGUUUCACGGUUAAAAUCCCCAGUAGGAGAAAAAAAGCCUCAAUAUAUUUUGUAAUCUUAAGAAGAGUAUUUUUUGUUAAUACUAAAAAGUUCAGACUUGGAUAUAAUUAGGUCACACGUUCUCAGGGGUUCAAAUUUCCUGCUACCAUUCAAACUGUUUUUUCGACAGCAAACUUGAUUUCAUUUUCUUGUCAGAGAAAAAUAGCUGAGUUGUACUGAGACUCGCGGUCUGAAGCUUGCUGUGGUCCCCGGGUGACUGAGUUAGGAAAUCGAGCCUGAGUCAGGCGGGCGAGGGCGUGGACGCUCCUGCGCUUCUGUGCUGCAGUUGCGGCCCUGGGUCCCCGCUCCAGCUCUGCGGCGCUUUGCCUCCGUCAGUCAAGAGUCGCUCCCUGUGACCUCGCCUCGCAGCCCUGUGCCGGCCAGGAGAGAGCCAGCAGGUGGCGUGGGACGGGCUCCGCGCGUCCUCCCCGGCGCGGACAGAACCCGCUUCCCGCAGACCCGAGGGCGCUGCGGCCCGGGCGGCUUUCCCCGCAGUUCCGUUCACGUCGCGCACAUAAGCAUUGCACUUGGUACCAGGCUUUACCUCAUUGCAAGGAAAAAACGCUCAACCGAGAGGAGGAAUUAGAGUUUGGCCUUGCUGCUGUUUGACUUCCCGGAUUUGAGAAAGAUGAUUAUAAUGCCUGCGAUGUGUCGUGUACUUGCACAACUUAAUAGGUCAUUUUUGUCUGUGGCAUUUUUACUGUUUGUGAAAGUGUAGCAAUGACUUGUUAACUCCUAAUUGUGUUUCUUAAAAAUGUUUGUUGUAUUUCUUUCCUUUCUCCUUUUACAUUAUGUGAAGUGAUUGCGUUUAGAACAACCUCUAACACUCCUGUAAUUAUCCUUUACAAUACUGGCAUUCUACUUCCUCAGCAGGGCUUGCCCUCAGAGAGCCAGAGGCUUGGUUUGGUUCCGUGGGCUCCGCAGUAAGCAGAGUCAUCCCCCCAGCAGUCCGGUGGCGGCUGGCGAACCCCGAGAAUAAGCCCCUGCUGAGGCCCGGCUGAUUUAAAGCUUGCUCGCUGGCUCUGCAGCAGCAGCGGGUGCGCUCCCGGGCAGCGAAGCCAGCAGACGGAGGCCCUCGUGUCUUUGUCUGACUGCGUCUGGAGCCCUGGCCGUGUCCUCCGCGGCCCGCGGGAGAGAACCGGGCCGUGCUUAUUACCUGUGUGGUUAUUCUAAUUACAUUGAAAUAGGUAUAUUUUUCCAACCACUGAUUACUUUCCAGGAAUUUAAUUAUUUCCAAAUGAAUUUCUUUAUUUUAUAUUGUACAUGGAAAGUUUUAAAGAUAUGUUUAAGACCAAGAAUAUUAAAAUGAUUUUAAAGGUUGUUGGAGACACCAGUAGCAAUAUGUAGGGAAUAUGCGUUGAGACCGUUGUAUUUUCUACCAGCAGUGCAAAGCAUCUUUCGGAACUAACUUGUACAUAGGUUCUAAUCGUUACCUGUUCUGUUGUUUAGUCGUUUUUAUUUGGACCCCAACUGCAGACCAUUGCAGUGUUGCAGGUGUGCUCAGAAUUCACUGCAGCAGCAGACUGUAGGCGAACAGGAAGCAAGUCCUGGCUUCUCUGCUGUAAAUAGAGUGGAGGAAAAUGACGAAAACCCAGUCUCACUAGCACAUCACCGCGGCGGGGGGCGGCCGUCACGGCGGGCCGCGCCGGUGGGGCAGGGGCCCCUGCACUUGUCUGUUCUGGUAACAACUGUAGCCGAGUAAAUCUCCAAUAAAGUUAUGAUCUGUUCA